AUGCGACCGUUUGCCGAAUGCGUUCUUGUCAUCUUGGUAUCCCUUUUCACAGCGCAGGCACAAGACUCUGUCCUGCCAACUUGCGCUCAGCCUUGCAUUUCCGUCGGACUUGGCCAGACCUCCAACUCGACUACUGUCACGACUUGCGUCCGAAGUCUCUGCAAUGAAUCCGAUAGACAAAGGGCGUUUAAUUACUCAAAGGAUACUUGCUCAAGUGUAGGUAUUGAAGUAUCAAUCCCUGGAAUCAGCUCGACCAGUUCGAGUACUGUCAAAUCCGCCACAGGGGCUGCUACACCAACACCUACAAACCCAAAUGCUUCUUCGACAUCGCCAGGUGGGAGUGCAUCAAGGACGCGACCCCCUUCGAGCACAACGGAGACAUCGGCAGGGAAUCAAAACGGAUCUGAUUCGGCCGAUACUCCCACACCAGCGUCAAAUAAUAGCGGCAGCUCAGCACCAGUUGGUGCAAUUGUAGGCGGUGUUGUCGGUGGGGUCGUCGCACUCGUCGCUGUCGUCAUUCUGGGUACUUGGUUACUGAAGAGAGAGCAAAGGAAAAAAAUGGAGAUGUAA